UCAUGAACCGCUGUGUCUUCCAGCACUGCUUUCCCUCUCCCUCUGCUUUUCUGGCGCGGCUCUCCCUCCCCCUCCCCCCCCCACCCCCCUUUCCUCUGGCUUCUGCUCUUUCUUACUCCUUCUCUCAGCUGCUUAACUACAGCUCCCACUGGAACUUGCACAAUCAAAAACAGCUCUCCUCUCCGGCAGCCUCCACAAGCGCAUCACCUGGAGCAGAGCGACUCUCCCAGUGCACACGCCGCAGAGCAGCCAGGUAGCUGGGGGCGCGCAGGGGGGUGCCCUUCUCCUGCGGGGCAGCAGCCAGAGCCUCUCCUCGGAAUCCGGGGCAUCCUGGGGUCCUGUUGCGGUGAUGCCUGCUUUUCGGAGCAGUGAUGGAAAGAGAAGAGCCGCUGUCGGUGGAAACUGAGAGCGGAGAGAGGUUGCGGCAGCAGCCGGUGCUGCAGAAUGUGUGAGUGAAAACCUAAGCCGCGCUGCAUUCUCCAUCCCGCUCGGUCUUCGUCAGCUAGUCCAGGAGGCAAGUCGGGAACCAGAUGCAUUGACCAGGUGGGGGCCACCCUGGAUCUGUUAACCGUGAACUCCCCACUGUGGAAAAUGGUAAACAAAGACAUGAAUGGAUUCCCAGUCAAGAAAUGCUCAGCGUUCCAAUUUUUUAAGAAACGGGUACGAAGAUGGAUCAAGAGCCCAAUGGUCAGUGUGGACAAGCACCAGAGUCCCAGUCUGAAGUACACAGGCCCCUCGGUGGUGCACAUACCACCAGGGGAACCAGACUUUGAGCCUUCCUUGUGUCAGACGUGCCUGGGAGACCAUGCUUUCCAAAGAGGGGUUCUCUCUCAAGAGAAGGAGUCAUGCUCGUGGGAAACUCAAUCCGGGUGUGAAGUGAAAGAGCCAAGUAAUCACACCAACAUCCUGACCAAGCCUGACCCAAGAACCUUCUGGACUAAUGAUGACUCAGCUUUUAUGAAACAGAGAAGGAUGGGCCUGAAUGACUUUAUUCAGAAGAUUGCCAAUAACUCCUAUGCAUGCAAACACCCUGAAGUUCAGUCCAUUUUGAAAAUCUCCCCACCUCAGGAGCCUGAGCUUAUGAAUGCCAACCCUUCUCCUCCGCCAAGUCCUUCUCAGCAAAUCAACCUGGGCCCAUCAUCCAAUCCUCAUGCUAAACCAUCUGACUUUCACUUCUUGAAAGUAAUUGGAAAAGGCAGUUUUGGAAAGGUUCUCCUGGCAAGACACAAAGCAGAAGAAGCAUUCUAUGCAGUUAAAGUUUUACAAAAGAAGGCAAUCCUGAAAAAGAAGGAGGAAAAGCAUAUUAUGUCGGAGCGGAAUGUUCUCCUGAAGAACGUGAAACACCCUUUCCUGGUGGGCCUUCACUUCUCUUUCCAGACGGCCGACAAACUGUACUUCGUCCUAGACUAUAUUAAUGGUGGAGAGUUGUUCUACCAUCUCCAGAGGGAGCGAUGCUUCCUGGAACCACGGGCUCGAUUCUAUGCUGCUGAAAUAGCCAGUGCCUUGGGUUACCUGCACUCUCUGAACAUUGUUUAUAGAGACUUAAAACCAGAGAAUAUUUUGCUAGAUUCACAAGGACACAUUGUCCUUACUGACUUUGGACUCUGCAAGGAGAACAUUGAACACAAUGGCACGACAUCCACCUUCUGCGGCACGCCCGAGUAUCUGGCGCCUGAGGUGCUUCAUAAGCAGCCCUAUGAUAGAACCGUGGACUGGUGGUGCCUGGGGGCCGUCUUAUAUGAGAUGCUGUAUGGCCUGCCUCCCUUUUAUAGCCGAAACACAGCUGAGAUGUACGACAACAUUCUGAACAAGCCCCUCCAGCUGAAGCCAAAUAUUACAAACUCUGCAAGACACGUCCUGGAAGGCCUCCUGCAGAAGGACAGAACAAAGAGGCUGGGUGCCAAGGAUGACUUUAUGGAGAUUAAGAAUCAUGUCUUCUUCUCCCUAAUUAACUGGGAAGAUCUCAUUAAUAAGAAGAUUACUCCCCCUUUUAACCCAAAUGUGAGCGGACCCAGCGACCUGCGGCACUUUGAUCCUGAAUUCACCGAAGAGCCGGUCCCCAACUCCAUCGGCCGGUCCCCGGACAGCCUCCUCCUCACAGCCAGCGUCAAGGAAGCGGCUGAGGCCUUCCUGGGCUUUUCCUAUGCACCUCCCAUGGACUCUUUCCUCUGAACGGUCUUAGGGUUGGUUGCAAAGGAUUUUUUUAGUUAACCUUUUGGCAGAGCUGCCAGCUGACAGGACAUCGUAAAAGAGAAUUUGCACAUCCCUGGAAGCUUGCACAUCUUGGCAGUCUUAUUGCACAGUUUGCUGGAAGCUUUUCGAAGAGCACAUCCUCCUCAGUGAGCUUGUGAGAUUUUCCUCUUUAUUCUUCCUUCCAAUGUGGUGCUAUCUCUGAAAUGAGCAGCAGAGGGCCGCCCGAGACAGAUGCAGUGGUCUCAUUGGCAGGCGGCUGCUGGUCUGAGAAGGAGCUUCUGGAGGUCUGUCCGGGCCACGAUAACGAAUCUUAUGAAAUGUGCCUUUUCUGAUGAGAUCGUGUUAGCUCCAAAGCUUUUCCUGUUGCUGAGUGUUCUCGUUCUCUGUUUCUCCCUGUGGACUCCCUGUGUGAUCCGCCGUGUGAGUGUGGUAUGCUUGCUCACAGAAGGACUCAGUUAUAUGCAUCAAUGUGACGCUUGCAGGACACUACAAUGUGGGACAUUGUUUGUUUCUUCCAUAUUUGGAAGAUAAAUUUAUGUGUAGACUGUUUUUUUGUAAGAUACAGUUAAUAACUAAAAUUUAUUGAAAAUGGUCUUGCAAUGACUUGUAUCCAGAUGCUUAAAGAAAGCAUUGCUGCUACAAAUAUUUCUAUUUUUAGAAAGGGUUUUUAUGGACCAAUGCCCCAGUUGUCAGUCAGAGCCUGGUGUUUUCAUUGUUUAAAAUGUCACCUAUAAAAUGGGCAUUAUUUAUGUUGUGGUUUUUUUUUUUUUUGCAUUCCUGAUAAUUGUAUGUAUUGUAUAAAGAAAGUCUGUACAUUGGGUUAUAACACUAGUAUAUUUAAACUUACAGGCUUAUUUGUAAUGUAAACCACCAUUUUAAUGUACUGUAAUUAACAUGGUUAUAAUAUGUACAAUUCUUUCUCCCCUCCCUACCACACACCUUUUUGUGUGUGUGAUAAACCAACUUUGGUUUGCAAUAAAACCUUGAAAAAUAUUUACAGAAA